CACGUCCGUCGCUGCAGAGUGAGGCUGCAGGAAGCUCUUCUGCCGCAGGAGUGGUCGGUGAGGUUUUGGCUCAGGCACCGCAUAAAUCUUUGUUUCCGCCCUGCGCAGGCAGGCCCCAUCUGCUUCGAUGACAGAGCCUCAGAACUGGCUUGUUGAGCUGGAUGGUGAGGGUGGCGUUCCUCGCCUACCUGGUGACGAGGAGGGCGUCCUUCGCACUGGGUGGGGCGACACUGUGCAGUUCGUGCUUCCCGCAGGCUCCCUGCCCUUGCUCAAGGGGCAGCCCGAGCUCGUUGUCUUGGACGAGCUUGGGACGCAGGCCUGCAUCAACAACAUGCCGCCCACCGGGCCCAUCGGGGACUGGAAGGCGCAGUGGCAUCCGGCGAAGCCCGGGCCCUACGAGCUCUUCGUCCGGGCGGCCGGCUUCGAGGGCCCGCGCUGCAGGAUCGUCGUCGACCCGCUCAUGACACUCAACGGCAAGCCGCUUCCAGCGCGCUCGGUGGUGCAGCUCACCGUCCUCUCGCGCUGCGCUGGGGCCAUCGAGCGCUGGCCCGAGGCGCUCGCGCCGCAGGGCGCGCUCGGGUACAACAUGGUCCACUUCACACCGAUCCAGCCGCCAGGGGAGCCACGCCUUGUGGGUUCUUCUCCGCCUCGCCCCGCCGUGCUCUGCCUGCAGAUCUGGGCACUCGUGACGGUCGGUUUUUUGUUUAUUUUUUUGUUCGGAGGCUGCUCUCUGGCCCCGGGACGGUCACA